AUGGAAGCUGGAAGCUCUAAUUUUCUGGCCGUAGCUGAUGAAAGUGUUCUAGUAGAAAUUCUCUCAAAACUGCCUCUCAAGUCUAUAUAUAGGUUUAGGUGUGUAUCGAAAGAGUGGAAUGCUCUCACUAGAACUUCAUAUUUCCUUGACAGACAUCGUCUUCACAGCUCUCGCCGCCUCCUCCUCAUCUCCUCUUCUUUUCUUGCUGAUCAGAAACCAGCUGGAAUCUCAUUACUUGCCGACGAAGAAACGGCACUUUCAAGUUUGAAUAUACCUUUCCUCCCCAACGAUGCAAGAUGGGAUUUAGAUUUUGUGGGAUCUAGUAAUGGGUUAGUUUGCUGUAAUAAGUUUCUUGAUGGUAAUGUAUUAGCCAUAAUAGUAUGGAACCCAGCAACAACACAAUUUAGUUAUCAUCGUCAUUCCUUUGAGGAGGAACUUGAGAAUGCUACUUCCUAUCCUCUUAUAGGUUUUGAUUUCAUGCAUAGCACCAAUGUGUACAAAAUGGUGGAAGUUUUCCCAUAUGGUAGUGAUGAUCCGGAUGAUCCCCUAAAACUUGAUUUUGGAGCCGCAGUCUUCACCCAGAAUACACCUUCUUGGAGAGUAGUUGAGUCGAGAAUUGGACUUGCAUCAUGUAAAAUGUGUUAUACAAAUCAGUCUACUACCUUGAAUGGAGUGCUGUAUUGGUUGGUAGAGCAUACAUCCAAUGGGUUUGCUGUCGUUUCGUUUAGUUUACAUGAUGAGGCCUUCAAGGAUAUAUGUAAAUCACUACCAGAAGAAAUACGCUAUGUCAGUGACAAUGGCGUCUUCCCAACAUUAGUUUCAUGGAGAAAUUCACUUGCAGUUGUAGGUGUGGAUCAGGGUGACAACUUAGUGCUUUGGGUGGACAGUACUGCUGAUCAGGAAUCUGAUUGGAUUGAACAAAUGAGAAUCAGAUGGCCGUCACUAUGUGAAGGAAGUUGGUUGUUAUUGAGAGGAGUUUGGAAGGAUCAAUUUGUUUUCAGCAAAAAAGGAUAUGAAGUUGGUGCACAUAAUGAGCCGGACAACCUGUUUUUGUAUAACCCUAUAACCGAGGCAUUGAGAAAGAGGUCUGGUAUACCGCAGUUGUAUAUGUAG